GCCCCGCCCCGCCGGGCGAGUGUGUGUCUGUGGGGUGUGGGGCCCCAGCGAGCCGCGCGCCUCCGCCUCGCCGCCUCCUGCCCCGGCGCCCCUCGCCCCGUCGGGCGUCGCUGGCCAGCAUGGGUCCGGAAGAGGAGCUGCUGCGGAUCGCCAAGAAGCUGGAGAAGAUGGUGACCAGGAAGAACACGGAAGGGGCCCUUGACCUUCUGAAGAAGCUCCACGACUGUCAGAUGUCCAUCCAGCUACUCCAGAAAACCAGGAUUGGCGUUGCUGUUAACGGGGUCCGCAAGCACUGCUCAGACAAGGAGGUGGUGUCCUUGGCCAAAGUCCUCAUCAAAAACUGGAAGCGGCUGCUGGAUUCCCCUACGUCCCCUAAAGGAGAAAAAGGAGAAGAAAGAGAAAAAGCAAAGAAGAAGGGUCAAGAACUUGAGUGUUCAGAUUGGAAGCCAGAGACAGACCUUUCUUCAGCAAAGAAAAAACGAAGGGAAGAGCCAAAAGACAGGAGGGACUCGGUGGAUUCCAAGUCUUCAGCUACCUCCUCUCCGAGGAGGCCAUCAGUGGAAAGAUCAACCAGCAGCAAAUCGAAAGCAGAGAGUCCCAAAACGCCCAGCAGCCCCUUAACCCCUACUUUUGCCCCUUCCAUCUGCCUCCUGGCGCCAUGCUAUCUCACUGGGGAUUCUGUCCGGGACAAGUGCGUGGAGAUGCUCUCAGCAGCCCUAAAGGCAGACGAUGACUACAAGGACUAUGGGGUCAACUGUGACAAGAUGGCAUCAGAAAUUGAAGAUCAUAUCUACCAGGAACUCAAGAGCACGGACAUGAAGUAUCGGAACCGGGUGCGUAGCCGCAUCAGCAACCUCAAGGACCCCAGGAACCCCGGCCUGAGGCGCAACGUGCUCCGCGGUGCCAUCUCUGCUGGGCUCAUCGCCAAGAUGACAGCUGAGGAAAUGGCCAGUGAUGAACUGAGGGAAUUGAGGAAUGCCAUGACUCAAGAAGCCAUCCGUGAGCACCAGAUGGCCAAGACAGGUGGUACCACCACUGACCUCUUCCAGUGCAAUAAAUGCAAGAAGAAGAACUGCACCUAUAACCAGGUGCAGACGCGUAGUGCUGAUGAGCCCAUGACUACCUUUGUCUUAUGCAAUGAAUGCGGCAACCGCUGGAAGUUCUGCUGAUAGGACUGCCAGCCAGAAUUUCAGCGCACAUGAGGAGGAAGAAUAAAGGAGGAAAUACUAAGCCAUCCUAACUGGAGAAACAAAAUAAAAUUUAAAAUGAAGAAAACGGCUGAACUCUGAAUGGGG